GCUCCUGACCACGACCACAGAGGCUCCAAGAGCUCUGCAGAGCAGAAGCCAGAGCCUCUUGCACCUUCCAAAGACCCGAGCUGCAAAUCUUCCUGUGCAAGUAGCAACCUGAGCCCCUGCAUUAUCUCACAGUGGAAGAAAGAACCUCCUGAGAUGGCUUCUAAUAAUGACCCCACUGUAAUCUCAAUGAUAGAAAGACAUCUUUGUGACCUUCCUGAAACAAACACCAGUGACCUGAAGACAUUGACUGAAGAGGCUGUGUUGAGUUUUCACAACAUCAGUUACCAAGAAACAGUACAGAGUGGCUUUCCACUUCGUAAAAAGGCAUAUGUGAUAGAAAGACUAUCAAACAUCAGUGGGAUCAUGAAACCUGGCCUCAAUGCCAUUAUGGGACCUCAGGAUGGGAGCAGAUCUUUGUUGUUAGAUGUCUUAGCUGCAAGGAGAGAUCCGCGUGGAUUAUCAGGAGAUAUUUUGAUAAAUGGCAAACCUCGACCUGCUAAUUUCAAGUGUACUUCUGGUUAUGUACCACAAAAUGAUGUGGUGUUGGGCACAGUGACCGUGAGAGACAAUUUAGAGUUCUCAGCAGCUCUUCGUCUCCCAGUGACUAUAACAAGAGAUGAAAAGAGAAGGAGGAUUAAUGAGGUGCUUGAACUUCUGCAUCUGAAUAAAGAACAAAAUAUCAAGCCUAGAUCCAAAGAACUCAGGAAAAGGACCAGUAUAGCAAUGGAGCUGGUCACUGAGCAUCCCAUUUUGUUCUUGGAUGAUCCCACAACUGGCUUAGAUUUGAGAACUACGACUGAUGUCAUUUUAGUCCUGAGAAGGAUGUCGAAGAAGGGACGGACCAUCAUCUUCUCCAUCAAUCAGCCUCAGUACUCCAUCUUCAAAUUUUUUGAUAGCCUCACCUUAGUGGCUUCAGGAAAAGUUAUGUUUCAUGGACCUGCACAGGAUGCUUUGGAGUACUUCAGAUCUGCAGGUUACAAUUAUGAAUCGCACAACAACCCUGCAGACUUCUUCCUGGAUGUCAUUAAUGGAGGUUUCUCUAAUAUAUUAGACACAGAGGAAGACGGCCAUGAAGAUGACAAAUAUGAAGAGCUUUUUGAGAGACAGUAUCAAGUCACAGGAAAACUGGCCAAUAUGUAUGCCCAGUCCCCAUUAUACAGUGAAACAAGAGCCAUCCUGGAUCAACUCUUGGGAGAACAGAAGCUGGAGAGGAGCUCAGCCGUGGAGACAACAUGUGUCACCCCUUUCUGCCAUCAGCUCAAGUGGAUUAUCUGUCAAUCAUUCAAAAAUUUCAAGGGUUUUCCAUGGGUCACUGUGAUUCAGGCCAUUAUCACAGUCAUAUUGGCUACAGCCGUAGGCACUGCUUUCCGUGUCCUAAAAAAUGAUUGUAUUGAAGUCCAGAUGAGACAUGAGCACACCAGUGGAUACUACAGAGUGUCAUCCUAUUUCUUUGGGAAAUUGCUGGCUGAGCUAAUACCCAGGAGGCUUUUGCCAAGUACUGUAUUUUCUCUAAUAACAUAUGUCAUAGCAGGAGUAAAAAUGAGUAUGAAGUGUUUCUUCACUAUGAUAUGUACCAUCAUGGUGCUGGCCUAUUCUGCCAGUUCCCUGCCAUUGUCCAUAGGAGCUGGGGAGAAUGCAGUGGCUGUUCCAACACUGCUUGUGACCAUCUACUUUGUGUUCAUGCUGUUUUUUUCAGGUCUAUCACUAUAUUCUGGAAGCUUCCUGCCUAAGCUCUCAUGGAUUCAGUACUUUAGCAUUCCUCAUUAUGGAUUUAGGGCUCUGCUGCAUAAUGAAUUCCUGGGACAAAACUUUUGUCCAGAACACAACACAGAAGAAGUCAGUAGAUGCCAUAACUAUGUUAUGUCUAGAAUUCUAUGCAUCUGUUCUUGUGCAUGACUGUCUCCUGGGUCAGGAAAAUGCUGACAGAGCUUAGAUCUCUUUGGAAUGCUUGUGUCAUUAGGAAGCUGGAGUUUUCUGCUUUGGGAGUAACAACAAUACUUGAAACAUGCUUUUGCCUGUUGAAGAGAGCAGCAUUAUAGAUUCAGAAAGGAAUGACACCGUGAAGUCUACAGAGUUGGAUCAUAGUGUGACUCUGUAAACUCCCCAAGUUUAUUAGGCCUUCAUCCUGUAUGCUUUUAAGUGGAUAUGGCAGCUACACUUCUCUGGAUAGUUUUUGAAAUUAACAAUGGUGACUGCCUCACAUAGAUUCAGAUGAUUGGCAUAAUACAUAACAAAAUUGUAAGCACAUCAUGACUACUGUGAUUCAGAUAAAAGGGAGAAAUUUUUAAUGAUAUGUUGAGAUUAUAAGUUUUUAAGGGAAGCAACAGUGAAUCUACUAAAUAACUUUGACAUUACCUUUGUGUAUGUUGAAUUACAGAUGUACUGGUGAAGAAUUCUUGAUGAUCCAGGGCAUUGAUCUCUCAUCGUGGGGCUUCUGGGAGAAUCACCUGGCUUUAGUUUGUACAAUGAUUAUCCUCUUAACAAUUACCUAUGUGCAGUUAUUACAGGUUAAGAAUAUUAGAAAUUUUUAGUUCCUGGGGGAGGAAUUUUCUACAGUUGUUUAAAUAGAUGUGAUUCCAAACAAUCCUCUGAACAUUAAUAAUUAUACUCGUGGACAAAUGCCACUGAGAGGAUCCCUCUUCUGUGAACUGUGUGAAUGCAGAGACUUAUGGCUGCUCACAGUACAAGGCUAAGGAACACGCAAAUGUUUAUCUCCAACAGAACACCUAUAGCAAACCCUCUAUAGCUUAGAGCAUUGUGGAAUAUGGGAGAAAGAGUGCAAGAGCCAGAUGAUGAAAAGAAGGAAUGGAAAUGCAGUAUUGUGGUCAUGAACAGACAUAGCAACCGUGGUCUGUGUCCCAACUCCACAGCUUAACUGCAUAAGACUGGAUCCCUCAUCAGCACAGGAAGGAACAGAGGGGACCUCAAUGAUCCCAUCCACCAUUCUGCUCAGCUAUUGGCUACUGGAGAGAGGCAGUCAUUGAUUCACAUUUACACUCACAUUUGAGCCUACAGGAAUCCAGUGGAAAGUCUGAAACCCUUCAUCACACAGACAGCCCUGUUUAAACCCUGGGGGGGUGGUCACAUGAUAAUACCAAAGUUGUGAAGGUGAGAAAGACACUUGUAAAGAGGAGUAUGUCAAGGGAGUGUAAGGGAGAUGAGAGAGGUGGGACAGAGGGGGAAAUGGCUGAAAUGAACUAUAUAUGUAUAUGGAAUUGUCAAUUUUUAAAUAAAAAUUACAAAUAUACAAAAAUUGUAAAAAAUAAUAAACAUUGUCAUUUGUCUUAUACUGUAAAUCAGCAAUAAAUAUAUGUUUAAGAAAUCACAAAAUAAUAAGUAAAAGGGUCUAAGCCCUAAACGUCUACAGAGAUACUUGCUCAUCCCUUGUGUUUCUGUAGUGCAUAAAAUAAAAACUUCAACAAC